AUGCAACUACAGCUCGAUGCGAAUGGCUAUCACUUUGAAACGGCAAUGCUGCUCUCGAUAUUUUUGGGAAUGUUUGGUGCAGACAGGUUCUACUUGGGAUAUCCUGCAAUAGGAUUGCUGAAGUUCUGCACGAUGGGCUUUAUGUUUUUAGGACAACUAGUCGAUAUAAUACUUAUAGCUACGCAGGUAGUGGGACCUGCAGAUGGCUCUUAUUACGUAAUACCUUACUACGGACCUGGUAUAAAAAUGGUGCGAAGUGACAAUUGGACAUAUAGAGUACCUCAAGAUGAUUGGUAGGCAAAUAACUAAAAAGUGUGGUGUGUAAAAUAGUGCUUGUAAAAAAUUGUUAUUGUAUAUAAUUCCAGUAUUUUAGGUACAUCUUUUUAUUUUCCUGAAGCAUUCUCUUUUAUACUGUGAUAAAUCUUGUAAAAACAUUUAGGAUUAUUUAAAUAUAAGUUGUCAAUAAAUACAUUUUAUGAAAUA